AUGUUUUCAUGGAAUAACAAAAGCGAUACAAUCCUACGAUCCGACUCUCCGACCAAAACAAUAACAGAAAAAGAAAAAUAUUUGUCGGCAAUUUCUAGAAACUUCUUCGACCACAUCUUCAUCAUCAAAUCCAAUAGAACCAUCAAACGACAUCCAAGUUCAUCAAGAAUUUACCGAAUCCAGUCAGUACAACACUUUGUGUGUUAUUCUAUUCUCGGGUUCUUGCAAAGAAUCAAUGGAUACAAAGUCAGAUCGAUAGCUCACGAUCCACAACAAAAGCAAGGCUCACCAUCGUUGAUCAAGAUUAACAAUGAAGUCAACAGCACCAAUAUGUAUUGGCGUAAAUCACAAUAUGAAGCAAAGAAAGAGAAGCAUAUGCCAUUUUAUACAAAUAGAGAUUCUCAAGUUUUUUACACGAAUUUGCUAGUCUGAUCUCUGUGAAUGAAGAUAUGAAACAUCAUUAAGAGAUAGAAGAAAAAAGGUAACUUUUACAG